AUGGCGCUCUCCACCAGGUCAGCAGCGUCGCGUCUCCCCCUCCCCCCAACGCUCCUCCUGCCGCGCUUCGCCGCGCUCCACCCAGCCAUCGGCCCCGCUCCGCUCCCCGCUUCCACCGCAGCCCCGCUGCUGCCGUUCUCCCCGACGCCCACCGAGCAGUUCGCCCCCGACUCGGACUCGGCGGCGGCGGCAUCGCCGGCGUCCCCGCCCCUCGUGCUCACGGACCACGUCGCAAUCCUCGACGGCCCGCUCUUCCGCGCGCUCCGCCGCGGUGUCCGCCGCUCGACGCUCCACUUCGGGGCUAACCCCGCCGCGGCGGCGCUGCUCGACGCGCUCUCCCGCGACCCGACGAGGGCGGACUGCGUGUGUACCUGGAUCGCGGGGUUUCAUCUGCGCAAGCUCGUCGAGACGCAGGCGAGGACCGCGCAGAGCCAGUUCAACAACACGUACCCUCUCCACCUCCCCGCUUCCGACCUCGCGGCCGCCUUCCCGUCCGACACGAGCCCCGCGGCCCAGCUCUACCUCGCGGCGACGGAGGCGAUCGUCGCUGCGGCGAGGAGGGAGGAACACGCCGUCGUGGCCGUGUGUGGGAGCGCUGCGGUGGCCGGCCGGCUUGAGGGCGCGUUUGCGGCGGAUGCGGGGGUAAAAGUUGUCGGUGUGGAGGAGGGUACUGUGUUGGGUGCGUAGGUGGCUUGUGGGGAAGGCAGGGGAGGGGGCGAGGAGAAGCAAGCGACGUUCGUUUCCUGUGGAAGAAGGCAAGGAGGAGGGAGGAUGCGACGAGACACCGCCGCGUGUACAUAGAUUCCAUGACAGUAACGUAGGCCCAAGGCCCAACACCAGCUCUACGAGCACAAAACAGAUUGUAUGCAUGUGAUUAGAUAGAUGGCGUGGCGAGGUGGCUGGGCAGCAGUACCAGGUGCGGCGGAACACCUCCACCGGCCGGCUCGGCUCGGCAAAUCGCAACGGCGACGGCGACACCCGCAAAAACAAUCUCGAACUCGCAACGCCGACCUCACCACCACCGCACUCACACCAUGGCCCUCCGCCCCUCCGUCGCCCGACUGGCAACCUUCAUCGGCCGCCCGCCGCCCGCGCAUGCGCUGAAGGCGCUCGCGCAUGUACACGGGCCGGGGUGUAACCACGACCAUGACCACGGGCAUGGCGACGGCGAUCACGCGCAUGGGGUGGUGCACACGUACGACCACUUCCCGGGGGAGCCUGCUCCUGGCGCCGCUCCAGCCCACGACCACGCCCACGCCCCCGCCGACCCCCAGCUCCAGCUCGGCCCGUUCCCGCCCACGCCCGCCCUGCUCGCCGACCACGUCGCGCUCCUCGGGGCGGGCAGCCAGAUCGUCAACGCUGUCCGUGAGCGCGGGUGGGCGUGGGCGCCUGUCCCGGCCAACGGGUGGGUCGUGCGGGGGUUCAUUGAGGCUGCGGCGCAGGAGGAACGCCAGGGACAGGUGGUGCAGGCGUAUGCUGCGGCUGGGGUGAUGGAGGAGUUGGCGAGCGUGUCGGACGAGAGCAGCGACGCGUGGGCUGUAAGUCGCCGUGGGGCCCUUCCCUCUCGUAUCUCGUAGCGCAGUGCUGACUCGCCACCUAGGACUGGACCAACCUCUACUCGACCUCCUCGCUAGAGUUUACUCCUGAGGAAGGCUUUGUGACUUUCCCUACGGCUAUAGACGCGCUCACGCCCGCCGGCCUGGCGUACCUCCAAAACUUUGCAGAAACGAUCAACAUCGCGCGCGGGGUUGGCGAGGUGCGCUGCCGCGUGCUGUGUGGGAGUUGGGUGGUUGCGAGCCACUUGAGGGCUGGGUUUGAGGGGGAUGAGGGGGUUGAGGUUGUGUUUUUGGGCCAGAAGGCGGGCGCGAGCGGGGCGAGCCAGGCGGGGGCGGAGGGGAAGGAAGGCGGGGAGGGCAAGGAAGGGGCGUAGUACAAGGGAGGUAGAUAGAAGGAGGGAGGACGAG